AUGGAAAAGCUGGAGGCAAAAGAUCAAGAACGAAGGGAGUCUGAACUAGCAGAACUUCGUUCACUGGAACAGAAGUUUUUGUCUGCACAGCAGUGGAAAACAGAUUAUAGAGCACGUGCAAAGUGGGAGCAUUACCUCAGUUGUGAUGGAAGUCCUGACCCAAGUGUACUGCCGGAAAUAAAUACCUUCAUGAGCUUAUGGCGUGAAGAUCAAAAUGAGGACAUUCAUCUUGUGAUGGAGAAGGGAGAACAGGUGCUAAAUUUAAUUGAGAAGUUGCAGUUUCUUUUAUUUGACACACAACCAAAUGAGAUAACAGAAAAAGAAGCAAUCCAGUACCAGGAAUCUAUUCUGGAACUGCAGAAUCUGCUUCAUCAGAAGUACAAUGGAGCUACAGAGCACCUGCUUAAAACAGCUAAUAUGUAUGAAGACUCUAAAACUGGAAAUAUGCAGGCAGUCAUGAAGGAUAAAAAUGUUACUUUCUGUGUUUGGGCCAAUCUGAAGAAGAAAGUAAGGUUGAAAAAUCACGUGUUUUCUGAUGUGCAGCAUGGAUUUGAUCUUCCAAAGUCACUGGCUGUGAGUAGCAUUGCAGUUCGCAUAUUGCAUACUCAUUAUGAUCAUGUAUCUCCACUUCGGCUCCAGUGUCAGUGUGUGCCAAAAUUGGAAGUCUUAUAUAGCAAAGAGUUAACUCAGCAUUCAAAAGAGGAGGUAGAAGAACCAGAAGAAGAGGAAAAGAAAGCCAGAGAAGAGCUCAGCGUGUCUGCUGAAGAAGAAACGUGUUCUGAUGGGAGGAAGAGCGCUACCUCAUUCAAAGACAACAGCAGCAGAGCUGAUAGAAAUGAGAUGACAGAGGAGGAAACUGAGAAGAAAUCAGAGAUCUUGGACAUACCGUCACAAGUUCAGGAGCCACUGACGCAGGAAGAGAUGACUGAAAAAGAAGAGGCGCUAACUGAUGAACCUGUUGUCGAUUUGCAGCGGUUUGUGCCAGUGGGGGGGGUGUACCACAUUGACCUACUGCAGCUUCCACCUCGGGUCAGCCAGCUCAAGGGCUGGAGCAUGGUGGAGUUACUCGAUGUUGGAUUGGAGGCAUACCCAUAUCCCCCCGAAGAGGCUGAAGAUGCCACACAACCGCCAAUUGAGAUAAGCCUUAGGCUUCCUGACAAUGUGAUGUAUUUUGCGGAUCCUCUGAUAGCCCGAUGGGAUCCUGCAGGUCAACAGUGGAGAACCGAUGGCAUCAGCAACGUAAGGUACAAAGCACAAGAAAAGAGAAUCGCCUUUGAGAUGGGUGCCUUUUACACAAUAGCGCUUCUCCAGGAUGCGCAUCUCAACAUGCCCUAUCAGGCGUGGGAAUUGCAACCUACCACUACCGAUGAAGCACUGCUUACAGUUACUACAGUCUUUGCAAUAAUUCAGAUACAAAUUAAGGAUAAUCAGUGUAUGUUGUCUUCAGUAGUGGUGGAAGAGAAGGAUGUGCUUUCCCAUGUCACUGGGAAAUGGCUAAGUCCCGCUGACCUAAGAGCAGUUUUGAAAAGAGCUGGUGUGAAUAUUUUCCCAGGAGAGUAUUCUCACAAGUACAUCUCUAUGACCAAUAAGUCUGCCAUAGCAGAAGUUAGGGCCUAUCAACAGAUGGCACUUGUUGCAUCUGCUUUUGCUUUUGCCUGGAGCAAGUGGAAUGUGGAAGCUGGUCAAGAGCAAGUAGUGUUCAAGGUAAGCGAGCACCUUACAGCAGAUUCUGUCAAAGACAAAGACUGGGCUCUUUACAUGUUUAACGGUCAGAAAGCACAAAAGCUCAAGAUCAUUGAAACCAGUGAAACCUUUUCAGAAGAGCUAGCAGAAGGUUCUGAAUUUCACUCCACACUCUACCACAUGCUGAAGGACUUUGCCAGCAAAGAAGCAAUGGAUAAAGUGGAAACGGCUAGCUGCUUGUUUAUUGAUGUUGUGUAUCAGCUACUACUUGCUACAAGAGUUUUAACAUACUCUUAA